UAGCUGUAGAUCAUACGAGAAGAAGACCCAACCUCUAGAAUAUUGCUGCAAUGGACCCAGUUGGACGACGCGACGUACUACGCGACACGCAGUCACGUGUAACAGCCCAAAUCAUUCGAACUUUGCCCUCCGCGCUCACUCCGGGCAAAAGUUUGGUGUGCGGAGUAUCAAGUCUGAUUACGAGGGAAGAUUGCAAUGCCCCCCAACCACAAAUUUCAACCACGACUUUUGUUACCCAAGUCAGGUUCUUACAGAUUCACUCUCAACUAUGGCAUCAACCCCACGCUCCUCCAACCAGAUCGAUAUAUUCGAACAACGUGCUUACGCCACUCUGCAGGGCGGGGAGAACGGUGAUGAAGACGCGGCAGUCGACGAGCUGCGACGUCGUAACUCUCAGAUCCUUCUGUUGCAACUGCCGGACAAGAUUCUUCUAGCGAUUGUCGAGCACCACACCCAUAUAUUCAGGUGGUUGGCCUGGGACAGUACGACGAACAUUCGCCGAUUGAUGGAGAAAUACAAGAUCCUUGCCAUGUCGCAAGUCUGCCACAGGUUGAGAACCCUCUUGACAUCCUCGCCGAGCCCUUGGAGGGUGAUAACUUCAUUACCGCACACAAAUACGUCUUUCGUGCUCGAGCUACUCCACCGAGCGAUACCACAUCCUGUUGACUUUAUAGCGGUGACAAAUGCGCCCUAUGGACCUCUACUCCCCCAAUUGCAGGCUGCAAUUCCAUUCAUGCACUCACUUGUGAUAGAACUCUGUGAAGGUUUCUAUGACGUGAAGCCCGACGACUUUCAACCUCUAUCCGGCGUUGCCCCCUAUCUGCGCUCGCUCAAGCUGACGCAACCUGUUGUAUCUGAGACGGGAAGACUAUCAAUUCCUAACAUCGUCGACGGUGUCAACUGCCCUGAGUUAGUCUCGUUGGAGGUCGUGAACAUCGCAUUUUCCCCAGCUCAGUUCACCUGGUCCGGGCAGUUGACUCAUCUCAUUCUGCUUGUUGAUCCAGACCCAGGAGCAGAGUUUACGUCACCUCUCGUUAUGGACGUACAUGUCCUCCUGAUGAAUGUCCUCAGCCAUCUGCCUCUCCUUAAGGAUCUCGAGCUUGACGGUGUUUUCCCUCCUUCGAAGAACAACUACCAGUUGCUCACCGGAAUCAAAGUUGAUCUCUGUCAUCUCCGGCAAUUACGCGUCGCUAAUCAUGGGCGAUCGCCCUCACUCCUAUUGAAACAUGUCAACAUCCCAGUCGGCGCAAGGGUGGAGGUUGACUUCAAGUCCGUCAUGCACGAGAGUUCCGUGCGUGAGCUGAUAGAGAUUCUGAGCCAAAAACUUUCUGCAGGCGCGACGCUCGAUGGGUUCGUCGUCAGACCUGUCACCGGUGGUGGACAGGAUGCCUUCAUCGCUGGAUACACGGAAGUUGAUUCUGUGUCCGAGUUUUGUUCGGAAAGUGGCGACUUGCCUUUUCAGUUCAAAAUCUUUAUACCAUCAGCUCUUCGACAGCAACCAUGGCCCUCAAUGGUUUUCGGCACACUUGCCCGACUACCAUUGCACAACGUGAAGAUGUUCCAUAUGGACAAGUGGGCCUCGACCUACUCUACUAGCGAUAUGGUGACGCUCCUCCAAGCAAUGCCUCUUAUUCAUACACUCUGCUGGUCAGGACGAACUUUUGAACAAUUGGUCUCGCUCCUUAUGGCAGACUUCAAGGAAGUCGAGGGGGCGGAAGGGGUCACCUUGCCUAACGAAUCCCCGAUCUUAUCUUCCUUGAAAACCCUGAUCAUUAGAACUGCUGAUUUGGGCGAUGAUUCUAACGCCGUUCAGGCUUCCCAAAGUCUAUGCCUGGCUUUGAAGGCCCGGCAGGAGCAGCAGAUGCCCGUUCACUCACUCUUACUUUAUGAUUGCACUCAAGUAUCUCAAGAGAACCUUCGAUUACUUGCUCCGUAUGUCAACGAGUGCUUUCAUGAUGACGCCCUUAUCUCUGUCUAGGCCUGCGAUUGAUCCCUGACCCAAGCGGUUUCUUUUAACGUCUUUGAUUUGUUUCGCAUAUCAUGUACUGCGCCCGAUGAAAUGUCAUUCAUAUGCUAUAACUAGGUUGUUAUAAAUGCGUGUUUGAAGACACCCAUGCAAAGGUUUUCCCGGUCGUUGAUCGCCACUCCGUGUCAUCCGAGUCCUUUGGUUGACUGACUGCCUAUAUAUCCACCUUCAUG